AUGGCUACGGGAACAAUCUACAUCUUCCAGAGCUUGGAGAGGAAAUGUGCAAUCAAGAAAAUCCAAUCAAUUUGUCAACAGUUCCUUAGGACUGUCAACAGGUAUAACCCGAGGUCCGUUGCAAUCGCUAUCUCGAGAUCUGCAGAGGCCAUUGUAUUCAAAGCAGCCAUCGCAGAUAUAAUCCACGGGAGCCAAGUCCUUCCAGAAGAACUAGUUAAUGAAAAGUCCUUUUGUGUCCGAGCGGUUUGUUAG